AUGAACAAGAGAUAUAAAUUAUACCGGGUGUGGUAUUACUAUGCUCACCAAACAGUUUGCAUAACCUCUACUGGAUUUGCAUUAUGUUUUGUGGUCCAAGCUAAAACUGCAGGACUGGGCGUAACACCAAUUACUUCACUAUACGGGGACAAAAAAGAACACCUAGGUAAGUUGUUGGUUCCUUUAGUUUUAUAUCAAAUUUAG